AUGAUGAAAGCCUUUUCCUAUGAUAAUCCCGCCUCUGGUCUUCAACUGAAAGACUUGCCUGUCCCGGAGCCAGAUGAUGAGAGUGUUCUCAUUGAGGUCAAGGCCGCAGGAAUAUGUCACUCAGAUUGUCACAUCGUCAGUGGCCACGGAGACGACUACAUCGCCAAAAAGCCAAUUGUGCUCGGCCACGAAGUCGCGGGGAUUAUUAAGAAUCUCGGUCGAAAUGUUUCUGGCUUUCAGAUCGGAGACGCUGUCACACUCGCGCUCCUAAUGCACCCUGUCUCGGAGCGUAUCAACGGCGCAUACGUCGGGUUGAGCUUCGAUGGCGGUUAUGGCCAAUUUGUCGUCGCGCCACAGAAAGUUCUCGUUAAAAUACCUGACGGUAUAUCUUUCGCACAAGCUGCUGUUGCGACAGAUGCGUUGGCGACUUCUCACCACGCGGUCGUAGGUGAAGCCGGCGCUCAGCCCGGAUUGACAAUGGGUAUUGUUGGUCUGGGCGGGCUGGGUAUGCAUGGUUUACAAUUUGCCUGCCUAAAAGGAUCCACCGUGUAUGGAUUCGAUGUCAAUGAAGACAAGUUUACGCAAGCAAAAGGCUAUGGGGCGAAGGACUGCUUUGCGUCUCUUGACGAUGCAACCAAUGCUGGCUUAGCAUUCGAUGUUAUUGUUGACUUUGUCGGCCACUCUUCAACCACGUCAAGUGCGAUCAGGACUGUGAAACCAGGUGGCAAAGUCAUCACUGUUGGUCUUGCGUCGUCGGACGUCACGAUUCCAUCAAACACAGGUUCGGGGUACAUCCUUAAGGGCGUCACCAUCGUUGGAUCCAUUGGCGCAUCAAUGCAGGACCUGAAAGAUGUUCUGGGACUUCUAGCUAGGGGCGCUAUCAAGCCAGAGCUUACAGAGGUCGCCUUUGAGGAAAUACCAGAGACUAUCAAGCGGCUGGCAGAGGGAACUGUGGCAGGUCGAGUUUGGACGGACCCAAGCAAGGCAGUGUAUUAA